AUGUCUACUGUUCUGCGGAGCAACUCGGGUAGCUACACAGCGUUGAUCUAUCUCAAUUUGCGCAGGUUGCGCGAUCGUUCAUUCAAUGGUAUUUCAUACCGUGGCCUGGCUGAAUCUCCGCUAAAUUUAGAUCACUAUCGGUCGGCUAUGGAAUAUGAACAUGUCGUUGAGUUAAACAAUUUAAUAUCGACGUCUAAGUUACCUGAAAUUGCUGACAUCUAUAGUGAAGGCGAAGUGCAUAAUGCGCAUUUAAUGAUAAUGAAGUUUGAUUUCACGGAAAGUCCAUGUCCCACAGCCUUUGAUCUAACAAAAGACCCAUGCAUCUCACACAUGCCCGACGAAGAAGAAGUACUCGUGCUACCGCACACACUAUUCCGUGUGACCAAGAUAGAGUCUACAUCGCCAACGCAAGGCAAUCCGUACGAACGAUUUACGAUCACAUUCAAAUAUGUGCCGAUGACUGGCGGACGUACUCUGAACUCGUUCAUUUGGGAGCGAUCUCGUUUAGAAUGA